ACCCCGGCGACGGUCGUGGCGUAGGGCCGACUGGAGGCGGUGGCGGCAUUGCUAUUGACUGCGCUAUUUGUUUCUGGAAACUACUGUUCUGGCCGCUUUCGCUACACAGGCUGAUUGUUUUACCGUUGGCGCCAUGUCUGUGAGCGAGAUCUUCGUGGAGCUGCAGGGCUUUUUGGCUGCUGAGCAGGACAUUCGAGAGGAAAUCCGAAAAGUUGUACAGAGUUUAGAACAAACAGCUCGAGAGAUUUUAACUCUUCUGCAAGGGGUCCAUCAGGGUGCUGGGUUUCAAGACAUUCCAAAGAGGUGUUUGAAAGCUCGAGAACAUUUUGGUACUGUAAAAACACAUCUAACGUCUCUGAAGACCAAGUUUCCUGCUGAACAGUACUACAGAUUUCAUGAGCACUGGAGGUUUGUGUUGCAACGCUUGGUCUUCUUGGCAGCAUUUGUUGUGUAUUUGGAAUCAGAAACACUAGUGACUCGAGAAGCGGUUACAGAAAUUCUUGGCAUUGAACCAGAUCGGGAGAAAGGAUUUCAUCUGGAUGUAGAAGACUAUCUUUCAGGAGUUUUAAUUCUUGCUAGUGAACUGUCGAGGCUGUCUGUCAACAGCGUGACUGCUGGUGACUACUCGCGGCCCCUUCACAUCUCCACCUUCAUCAAUGAGCUGGAUUCUGGUUUCCGCCUUCUCAACCUGAAGAACGAUUCUCUGAGGAAGCGCUAUGAUGGCUUGAAGUAUGACGUGAAGAAAGUAGAGGAGGUGGUCUACGAUCUCUCGAUCCGUGGCUUCAAUAAGGAAAUGGCAGCUGCUUGUGCAGAAAAAUAGGAGACUUUCCCCUGUUCCUGCCCUCAUUUACCUCAGUGGUUGCCAGGGAGGGGGAGCACAGUGCCUCCUAGGGUAGUUAGGACACCCAGUUGCUAAACACUGCGCUGUAUUUUCUUAACCAGUUGUGUGGUGUGAGUAUCGGAAGUGAAACACUUUCGUGGGGAGUAAAAAAGCCUUCAAAAGGACAAAAUUUUCUUUGUUGUUUCAGUGCACUUGCUCUGUAAUCCAGUGUAUUUCAGUUAUGUCAAAAAGUGUAAAUGUCAGUCUCUUGUAAAGUCCUUUUGCUUGCCUUGACUCUGCUGAUGUAUUGACUGAGAAGUUUAUUGUCUUGUCAUUCUUCCAGAUGUGACCUUCGAUGUUUUCUAUAUCCUAAGCCAGCCAUCCAUACCCAGGGAAUAGCCUGGAUCCAGUAUAAAAAUAGAUAAUUAACAGGAUGGUUGCCAAGCAAAGGGAAAGAAGAACUUAUUUUAUAUUCUUCCUCCUCUAUUUUAAGCCUUGUGAGUAAAUCAGACGUUGAAAGUUCUUGCAAGGGAGUUAUAGGCCCAGGGCUCUCUUUAACUGCCAUCAAAAUAUAAAAAAUUUAAACUGCAGAGUCCAGCUCAACAGAUUAUUUUGGGAAGUUUUUGUAUUAAGGGAUUUAGAAAUGUUUUGUCAUUGGCUGUAUUUUAAGGAAUGCUUUACCAGAUGGGGGAGUAUGGCUUAAUAUUUUAAGUAGUUUCUAUUUUAUGAUGUCUUAACAUUCUGCUAUUGCAGCAAACUUUUCAUCUUAAAAACCAUCUUCAUGCACAUCUGAACUAACACUUGUGAUUUGUUUCUAAGCUAUGAAACCUUUUAUCCAGCAAGUAGCUAGACAGUUUGGUCUGGGAGAAGAAAGACACCCACACCUCUUAAAUUAGCAGUACCCUGUCUAGUAUGUUCUUAGAGAAAAAUGCUGUGCUUUGUGUGGAAGAAAGAUAAAACCUCUUGUUUUUGUUUGUUUUUUUAAUUAGCUGGAUUUGGUAAUUUUUUUUUUUUUUUUAACAGUAAGAAAUUUCAGAUUGUUAAUGGCUAUCCCAAUAGAUAUAGUCAGGUUUUAGAUUUACACUUUUGGGCAAGUCAUUUAAAUCUUGUUGGUUUUCCCAAGAACCUCCCUUGCCAUUUUUCAGAUAGUACUAAGAUUAGUUACCAGGUAACUUUUGCUGUUGAAUUGAAAUUAUUAUUAAGAUGGUGACUUAAUCAGCAGUCACUUGCAGCUCACUUCAAGGAAGGUGCUAGUGUUUCCAGAAUAAUACAAAGUAUUUCAUGCCUCAUACCCAUUCAGACUCCCUGUUUGUAUGAUAGGAUAUGUGGCAUUGCCAGCAGAGCUUUUUAUCUCAAGCCAAGUUAAGGACUGAGUCAUUUUUCCAUCCUGAGGAAAGAAGUAGAAAUUAGGCACAAGUUGCUAUGCAUUGUUGGAUUUCCAAACAAUUUUCUUGACAAUUUUUUUUUCUGCAGACAAGUUUGUAGAAAGAAAAGAGCAUCAAGUUCCUCAAAGUGCCCAGGAUGGUCACCUGAAAUGGGCAGUGGCAGCCCAGGCUGGAUUGUGCAUAAAACGCUUGUCACUGACAUGAUCAGACAUACUGUAACUCACUUAAUAGUUUCCUUUGCCUCUUCAUUGAUUCUGCCUGAGAAUAUUAAAGUUCUUGGCAGAAGUUGUGGACUUUAGUUUUAAUGAAAGCUUUUUAAGUGGAGGAGUACAUUCUGGUCUUGUCAUUCCAUUUGAGAAUUUAAGUGUUGUGUUUAUAAUAAUUCAGCUGUAUUUGUUGCUGGCUUGUUGUAAAGCAAUAAAACUUUUGGGGGUCUAUUUGUAACUUAGUGUGCUGCUAUGAGAACUUUUCUGUUAAGCACAUACUGCUGUGUAAUAGUUACCACAUAAUCAGAUUGCUUUACUGGAAGAGGCAGGUAACGUUUGUUUGGUUUACCUGAUUGGAGAAUUAAUAUAUUUUAACUGAAGAUGUCGAGAAGCCUUGACUGUGGUUUUAGUUUGCCGGAAUUGGCAAGUCUGUUUUAGAUUGCAAUUUUAGAAAAAAUGGGUUUUACUUAAGAGCUUGAAAAAUCCGCAGUCAAUGCUUAGUUGCUAGGGUUGUGGAAACAUUAAGAAGCCAGUUUAAAAGAUUCAUCCUUUCUUCACCUGAAUUUCUUAGAAUGUGAAAGAGCUUUUUGAGGUAGGGAGAGGUGUAUGGAGAAAAGUGUCCACCUCAGGAGUCCCUGGUGGUGAUUGGAGACAUUUAGGACAUUGAGGGGAAGAUGGGAGAGGAGUCAGAGCCCGUCUGUGCUGGAGCUGGCACUGACAGGAACGGGAUGCAUGUGCAGUGCCUCUUAUCACAUACAAAUACUUAUCAGGAAGAUUUCACGGUUUUUUUUUUUUUUUAAACAUUUUAUUUGGAAAUCCAAACUUACAAGACAGUUGCAAAAAUAAAAACAUAAAGAGAAGUUCAGCUUACCCCCAACACAGCUUCCUAGGUGUACCAGCUUCUAACAUUUUGCCGUAUUUGCCAUAUCAUUCUAACUCUCUGUCCAUCUGUCUGUCCAUCCUUCCUUCCUUCCUUCCUUCCAUCCAUCCAUCCAUUCAUCCAUCCGUCCAUUGCUCAAUCUGCCUAAUCUGUUUUCUAAACCUUUAAGAGUAGUGGUGUACAUUGUGGUCCUUGAACACUUGAUAUUUCUGUGUACUUUUCCUAAGAAUAAGAAUUAGUUUACUUAUGUAACCACCUUAAGAGUUACCAAGUUCAAGAGCUUUAACAUUGAUACAAAGCUUAAGGUUUAUAUUCUGAUUUUUUCAUGUGUCCCAAUAAUGUCCUUCUGGGCCUUUUCUGUCAGAUCGAGUCCAGGAUCAUGUAUUGCAUUUGUCAUUGUCUCUUUAGUUACUUUUUUUCCUUAAAAUUUUGGAAACAUAACUUUACAGGGUUUUGACAAAAAAAACAAACAAAAAA